GGAGCCUGGACCGGUGCUCAUGCUGAGACUCUCGGCUGCAGGGAGCCCAGUCGGACUAGAUUCACCACUAAUCCAGCAUAAGGAGAGAGUACGGACAUCCUGCUGGGUUGAGCGUUGUGGCUUUUACUUUUUAUUUUUUAUUUUCUAAGAGGCCAGUUACAUGUUGUGUUCUGGCCUCUUUGAGGAUGUGAGGAUGUCAUCUUUGCAGACCCUCUGAGGAAGCCUGUUUGUGCUGGAAGUUCAUGGCCAAAUGUAGGGUCGUGGUGCCCGAGGAAAAGCAGUUUAGGGACGCAAUGUCGGCCACACAGGGGAUGAACCGCAGCGGCAUGUACAAUUACUUCCUCAACAUGUUGGCCUAUCAGGUAUGCUGCUGCUGUGGACCGGCUCCCUGCUCCCUCUGCUGUGCCUUCUGUCCCCCAGUCAAAUCCUCCACCAGCACGCGGGUCAUGUACACCCUCUUCCACAUCAUGAGCUGCGCUGUCUCCUGCCUCAUGCUGUCCCGUACCGUCUCUGAGCUCGUCAGGGAAAAUGUGCCUUUCUUCAACAUGGUGUGUGACCAGGCACACGGUGGAGGCCACUGUGAGAUGCUGGUCGGCUACUCUGCUGUCUACAGAGUCUGCUUUGGCACCUCCUGUUUCUACCUGAUGAUGGCGAUAUUCCUCAUAGACGUGAAGUCGAGUCAGGACUUCAGGGCGCUCAUACACAACGGUUUCUGGUUCUUAAAGUUCAUCACCCUGCUUGGGAUGUGCACCGCUGCCUUCUUCAUCCCAACAGAAUCCUUCCUGCACGCUUGGCAUUAUGUUGGUGUGGUGGGAGGAUUUGCCUUCAUCCUCAUCCAACUCAUCCUCAUCACAGCUUUUGCACACACCUGGAACAAGAACUGGUUGACCGGGGCGGCAGAAAAUAAGCGCUGGUACCUGGCAGUGAUGUGCGCCACCCUCUUCUUUUACACCAUCGCCACCAUGGCCUUCACCUUCAUGUACAAGUACUACACCCACCCCAUCGCCUGCCACUUCAACAAGGCCCUGCUGUGGAUCAACCUGGGGCUCUGCGGCCUCAUGUCCUUUAUUGCUGUCACUCCGUGUGUGAAGCAGAAGCAGCCUCGGUCGGGGCUCCUUCAGGCCUCCAUCAUCAGCUGUUAUGUCAUGUACCUCACUUUCUCUGCUCUAUCCAGCCGCCCGCCAGAGAAAGUGGUGUACCAGGGCAUGAACAUGACCGUCUGUUACCCCAGUGUGGGACAAGAUGGCAUCCAGAAUGAAGGCAAUGCUGUCGCCAUCAUUGGAGCUGCCAUCAUGUAUUGCUGUGUUCUCUUUGCGUGUAAUGAAGCUUCCUACCUGGCAGAGGUGUUUGGUCCGUUUUGGAUGAUUAAGGUGUACCGCUACGAGUUCCAGAAAGCAACCUGCUGCUUCUGUUGCCCCGAGGAAGAGGAAGCUGAAGAGGAGUUUGUGAUUGACGACGAGAACAAAGGCUGUCAGAAGGUUAUUCACAAUGAGACCCAGAGAGUGGCGUACAGCUACUUCUUCUUCCAUUUCGUCUUCUUCUUGGCCUCACUGUAUGUGAUGAUGACCCUCACUAACUGGUUCAGCUACGAGUCAGCAGUGUUGGAGACCACCUUCACCCACGGCAGCUGGUCUACCUUCUGGGUGAAGAUGUCAUCCUGCUGGGCCUGCGUGGUCCUCUAUCUCUGGCUGCUGCUGGGCCCUUUGUGCAGCUGUCAGUCCGAAUCCAGACCUCGCCGUGCACGCAUCAAACGCCGCUCGGCGUCCUCCCGUCACGUCACCGUCAGCGUCUGACAGCCUCUGUGAGGGGGCCAGGCAGGAGGGAGGCGGACACUGCGAGACGUGCACGAGAGGUCAGAUGACUCCGAACCUCCUCGUGGUGCCCUGCAGCGGGGAGACUUUCAGGAAUGGAGGUCACAAGGGUCAGGGGUCAAAGUCUUACAGAGCUGUGAGAAGGACCAAUCAGAAGGCUUGGUGCCCUGUUGAUAUGUGAAGAACUGAUGUUACAGGCUCAACAACAUGACAUUAAACCACUAACAAGGACUUGACUGUGGUUUGGAAAAACACUUACAGUAUGAAUUGCCAAAGGGAUUAGAAGGGGUGAAAUCUCACUCUCUAUAAUGUGGGAAUUACAGUAAGUUGGUGUAAAGAUGGAAAAAUUAAUCAAUUUUUACUGUUUAAUUUUAGUAUUAUUUUCAGUUUUUGUCUGUAUUUAGACUUUGAAUUUUAUAAGAGAGGAGGGAUUUUAGGUAUUUGCUGUAAUAUUGCUACAGAGGCACAUGUUCUGAUUAUGUUAUUCUUUUAAAAGUUUCUGAUAAACAAAUGAAUCUGUCCUGAAAAAGAAUGCCCUCUGAUGUUAGACAGGCAGUUGAUGGUUGUGAUCAUGAACAAAUCUUUCUCAGGUUGAACAAAUACAGGAGCUGGUCCUUACAGAUGUUUUUCAGCAACUUACAAGAACUGGCUGAAUUGUACAGUUAAAGGUUUUCUUUUAAACCAAAAACCAUAACAGAUGUGUUUGGUUAGAGGCAGAGAUUUAGGCUUCUGUCUGUCUGAAAUUUUACCUACAUUAUAAUUUAUAAAUUUUUUUUACAACUUAAAAGUCACAUGGAAAUUCUAAAGUCCGAACUGAAAUUUUGUUUUCCAUCAAGUUACCUGUUACAUGACACACACAUAACAUAUUUCACUUCAAAUUAAGCUACCAAGAAGUUACAGUAUAAGUGUUCAAUGUUUUGGUCACACUGUAAUUACAGAGAAUAACUGCAUGAGCUUUAUUUAACUUAGUGCUAACAGUUACAAACCAGACAUUGCACAGACAGAACCAAUUUAAUUACAUGUUUUCAUUCAGUUAUGAACAUUGUCAACCUGUCUACCUGUAAACGAGGCAGCUGCAGGACCAGUUCUUACAACCCAGAUGAAGGCUAAAGAGAGAUUUGUUCAUGUGUUAAAAUAAAACUGGAAGUGUCCAGGAUCACAGGAUUAACCAAUUCUCUUUCAUGAGAUUAUUUUUUAAAUGCUCAGAGACAGUAGUUCUGACAGAACGACUGAGAGGCAGCUAAACUGAAAUGUAUGGUGUUCUUCAAAGUUCAACAUGAGAGGGUUUGUUUCUAACUGUUGUUUGUUUCAUUGGGUGCAAAAAUUACUCACAAGGAACAAAUAUGUUGCUUUACAGUACAUCACUCACUUCAUUAAUAAUGUCUAAAUAGAGUGAACUGUGACUGUUUACAUGAUACUGCAUUUGUUAUUCAGUUUGACACCAGGAGUGCUCAAAAAAAAAAAGAAGGAAAAAAAAAAUCCAAAGGGGAUAGAAGAUUUCUGUCUCAUGCCUUCAGAUGAAGUAGUCAUAUCUGCAGGAUGCUGAGGUGAACUGUGCUGUGAAUCUAAAAUAGCCCCGCAUAACAUCCCCAAAAAGUUCAUGUUGAUGUUGUUCUGUGGAAACCUGGAAACGUUUUCUCCCCUCUACUAAAGGGAAACUGAGCUGAGUGUCUGUGAUGACUUCUACAGUUAAUGAACAACUGACUCAGUCAAAAAAUAUAUAUGUAUACAGUUAUAUUAUUAUUUGUUGUCUAGAGCAGUUUUUCCUUUGGUGUAGAUGUAAAACCUUUUUGUAAAUACAUUGUUUUCUUACAAACUC